CAGAUUUUUCAGCUAAAAUGUUACAUAGGUAAAUUUUCUACGUACCUAUUAACCUAAAUUGCUAUGAAGCAUUUAAAAUUUCAAUAAAAUAACUAGAGAUUUAUUAUGAAUUUGACUGUAUGUUGUGUUUACGUUAUCAGUGAACGAACAUUCCCUAGUAAAUCUAUUUUGAAAUGCCACAUAACCGGUGAUUGAAAUAUAAUUUUCUAUUUGUUAUUGAAUGACGUGUAAUGUUUCCAACGGCGAACACUGAAGAUAUCGCACAGGUCACGUCAUUUAAAACAUAUUCAGGUGUUUCUAGCGAUGAGCGAGAUCCAAUUGAUAAUACACAAAUCACAAGACAAAACAGGGAGUUAACAUUCAAUAUGUUGAUCAAAGAACUGGUCUUCUGUAUAGCUUUGGCUCUGACAACUUAUGGAGCUCUACACAAUACACCAACAAAGAUAUCUAAAUACCCACAAGCAGUAAGAUUCUUCACUACAGACUCAUUAGUAAAAGACUGGUACCGAGGACAGCUGAGUAGUGCUCUUGCUAAAAUAAAUAGUGCAGAUAUUUCAUUUGUUAUGUACUAUGCACCUUGGGAUGCUGAAUCCCAAUAUGUCCGAGGAGAGUUUGAGAAGGCUGCAAUAAUUUUAAGCGAUUAUGUCCAUUUUUCUGCCAUAAACUGUUGGAAUCCUGGUAGCGAAUGCAGACUACAUCAUAGUAAAAUACCAUCAUGGCCAAUUUUAAUGGCAUAUACUAUCAAUUCCAGAGGAGUACUAUACAAAGGUCCCAGAGAUGCUCAUAGUAUGGUAAAUUUUCUGCAGUUAAUAAUGAAGCCAUUAGAGAGAGUCUCGACUACAGAACAUCUUGUAAAUUUAUUAUCUAUCUGUGAUGCCGUAGCUGUUGGAUAUACUCCACUUACAGAUACAUCACGUUAUUACAAUAUUUGGUAUUAUGUUGCAAUGAAAGUGCGUGAAUUCGAUCCUGUUGGUGAGAUAUGCUUUGCUGUAGUUACUUCAGAGGAACUUGCAGUAGAUCUUGGGGUUGAUGUAAUGCCAAAUGCAAGACUCAUGCUGUGGAAUGAUACAAAGGAAUAUGUGAAUAGUGGUAAUCUACAAUCUUGGAAUGAGACAUCCCUUCUACAUUGGGUUUUGGAGAACUUCUCACAGCCGGUUGCGCGGGUUAUACCCAUGUGGAAGAAGGCAUUCAGUUUUGAAAGAUAUGUUGAUGGAAAUCCUAUAUUAAUAUUAUUUACUCCAUUAAAUCCUUUGUAUGAACAAUUGCCAUCUUAUGCAUUGUUACGUGAAGUGGCUAUGGAAUAUUACAACUGCAAUAACAAUGAGAGCAGUCAAUGGACAUCAGAAUUAAUUAAAUUGCAACAAGUACAAAGACUCUUAUAUCAACAAAAGGAUUUUUUAAAAUUUUGUCAAGAAUACAAAUUUAAAAAACCUGUAAGAAAACAAAAUUUCUUCUACAAGAAGGAGAUUGUUUCACAAAACAAUAAAUAUCCCUGGAAUAAUGUCACUCAGAAAAAUCAUAAAAGUGGAGCUUUAAAUUCUUUUGUGAAAAGAGGACUAUCUAUUCCAAAAAUUACACAGGGCUCUCUUGACGAAUCUCAGGUGUUGUCAACUAUAGGUUUAUUGCAAGAGUGUAGCUCAACAGAAUUGCCAGCUGAAAAACUUUUUUAUGAUAACUAUGAACAGUGCCAAUCAUUUAGCCAUGAUAGUUUCAAUUAUGAAGAAAAUUCAAAAGAAUAUAAGUUCAAUUUAGAAACAACAAUGUUACCUUUAGAAGAUGAUCCACUAUCACCGGAUAAUUUGGUGCAAGAGAAUGUAAAACAUUUUUGUAAACUGAUGAAGUUUGCCAACGAGGCAGGUCCUCGUGUGAUUCCCGCUAAGGUCCUUGUCAACGAUGAGAAACAUAAUAUAACACACAUACAUGGUUUAGCUUGUGCUAGAAACUUUAGUCUUCAUAUACUGGCUGUUGACAGUGUUGCCAACCAUCAUUUCGCUGAAUUUUUAGGUAUUGAUAUAUCUAAUAAAAAAGAUAAAACUACUGUUGUUAUAUUGGAUAGUAAGCAUGAAAGUCAGUAUGUUCUCUCUGAGGAAUAUAGUGCCAAAUCAAUACGAGAUUUUAUUUAUAAUUUUACUAAUAAAUCGUUGCAACGUUCUCUACGCACGCAUGUAGAAGAUGCUGCGCACACACAUUACUAUGGCUCAGAAGGAAAGACAACAAAAAAAGGGACCAAUGAUAGCAGUAUUGAAAUAAUAGACUUGACAACACGCAGUUUUAAAAAACUCAUAAAUACACCAGGAACUGUGAGGCUGGUGUGCGUGUGCGGGGGCGUGUGCGGCGCGGCGGCGGCGCGGGCGUUGGCGGCGGCGGCGCGCCGGCUUCGCGCCGCUGGUGUUCCGGCGCGGGCGGCACGCCUCGACGCACUGCGCUACGACCUGCCCUGGCACUACUCCGUACACCUCUAUCCUACUGUCUUCGUCUUCCCCGCCGAUAUGGAUAAGGAAGCGGAAAGCCGGUCGUACCCGGCGGGCGAGCGUAUCACAUCGAGCGGGCUGCUGGCGCUGGCGCUACGUUCCCUGUCGGCGCCAGUACACCUGCGCGUGCGCCUGCACAUCUGUCAACGCUCUCAUGCUAACGAGGAAAAGAAGAUUUGUUUAAAAUAUGCGAGGGAGCAUGUUACUACGGUCAUCGAUAGAAACCUUAAAUAUUGGCGGUGGAGUGAGCAAAGGGAAUUGAAAGACGCACUCUUCAAAAGAUUGCAAUAUUUACAUCAAAUCUCCCUCGAUCUCAGCCUUCUUCACAUUACGGACCUUAAUAGUAAAAAUCAGAGAUAUGAGACUUUAUUAAACACCCUUAAUUUAUUAUCAAAAACAUGGAAAAUAAAUAUGUCUAUUCUUAAAGAUAAAAAGACAAGUUGAUAUUAGAUAUUGUAAUUUGUAAAUAGUGUACAUUGCUCAUUUUGUAAAGUACCUAUGUUAUUUAUUUUUAGGACAUAAACUUAUUAAAGUGUUGACAAAGUCAUGAA